AUGGCAUCUCUGACUAGUCUUACAGCGCCGCAAGGCUGGGUUUCCUACCCCGUGCUGGCAGUAGCUGGGCUCCUCGUCUACACCGCAACCUGCUCCCUAGUUCGGUUCCGGCGAAUUGCCAAUACGCGAGCCAAGUAUGGCUUCCAUGAUCGCGCUUCUCUCAGGCGCAUGACGAAUGAGGAGGCACACCAGAUCGUCAAGCAGCUUGCUUCUCUGGAAGCGCCUACCUUCUACGACUUGGCACUUCGCAUGGCACUUUUCAGGACGUAUGCCAUUGAGGACAUUGCCAAGCUCCUGGUAGCAAGUAGCGAUCUGAAUCGCCAGCAGCACGCACCAAAACGCUAUGAAGAUACUGGCGCCAUCUUUGCCAGCUUCAUCAAGUUUGCACCAGACUCUGAAUAUCUGCACAAGGCCGUGGCCCGAAUGAACUACUUACACAGCCCCUACCAAAAGAACGGUAAAAUCACCAACCGCGACCUCCUCUACGUGCUGUGGGCGUCCAUGUCCGAACCUGUUCGCUUCUUCCGGCAGUACGAGUGGCGCGCGCUGACCGAUAUGGAGGUGGCGGCCCUCGGCACUCUGUGGAAGUACAUUGGCGACACGAUGCAGAUUGACUACAAGGCUGAGCUCGGCCAAGACCAGUGGCAAGACGGCAUCGACUUUCUCGAGCAUGUCACCGAGUGGGCUUAUCGAUAUGAAGAUGUGGCAAUGAAGCGUCUGCCGGAGGUGCAGAAGCUGGGCGAAGUGCUCAUCGAUCUGCUUCUGAAAUCGUAUCCGGCGGCGGUGCGGCCGAUGGCGUACCAGGGUAUCCUGGUGCUCAUGGGCGACAGGAUGCGCCAUGCGUUCAGUCUGCCGGAUCCUAGUACGUUCGACAAUGCCCUUGUUCACAGUAUCAUGUUUAUACGCAAAUCUGUCGUCCGCUAUCUCAUGCUGCCGCGCCUUUUCAGGGUUGAGUACCUGUCUGAUCCGGAUCCGCAAACGAGCCGCGUGCACAACCUGCACUACCUCAAGGAGCCGUGGUACACGCGCGUCUCGCUCUGGACGCGUUGGGGGCCCGAGGCGCUGCUGACAUGGGCCACUGGCGGCCAGAUCCCCGGUGACGGCGGAAAAGAAAUGCUCCCAGAGGGCUUCCUCUUUACAGACCUCGGGCCGCGACCCAAGAUGGGCAAAGGCAUCGAGGACACGCAGCGGUGGGAGCAGGUUGUCAAGACGACCAUUGCACCAUCGGCGUGUCCAUUUGGCCUCAAAUAG